AUGUGUGUAGCAGCAGUUAUUUUUGUGACAGUUUCUGGAAAUCUACUAGUGAUCAUUUCCAUCUGCCACUUCAAGCAGCUCCACACGCCAACCAACUUCAUCCUCCUCUCUCUGGCUAUGGCAGACUUUCUGGUUGGAGCAACUGUAAUGCCUUUCUAUUUUAUUGAGUUAGUAGAUCCUUACUGGUGCAUUGGUGGAUUGAAUUGCAUCAUGAAAAGCGUAUCUUCUUUUCUGACUUAUGCAACUUGUGUGUCAAUUUAUAGUGUAGUUUUGAUUGCAGUGGAUCGAUUAUUUGCCAUCAGCAACCCUUUUCUUUAUUCCACUAAAAUGACAGUGAAGCUAACUAUGAGGGUCAUAUCGAUUGUCUGGUUGUGUGCAUUGGUAUACAAUACAAUGCUUCGUUAUUGCAAUGGCAAUCUGAAUUAUAUGAUGAGAAAUACUCAAUGUGUUGACUGUUCUAUUUCUUUAUCUCAAGAAUGGGUCACUGCAGACUUUUUUGUAAUAUUUGUUGUGCCACUCACAACAAUUAUACUUAUUUAUCUGAAAAUUUUUGCUAUUGCCAAAAAGCAUGCAAAUAACAUCACAUGUGCCAGAAAACAACAGUCAGAUAGCAAAAAAUGUAAUGCAAUGGCAUCUGAAAGGAAAGCAGCAAAAACUCUGUCAAUUAUUGUAGCCGUUUUCCUACUGUGUUUACUACCCUACUUUAUUAGCGUUGUACUUUACGUAUAUUUCAGUAAACCUUCUGUGUAUCUUUCACUUGUUCAUUCAGUAAGUAUACUUCAUAUCAAUUCUGCCAUCAACCCGAUAAUUUAUGCCCUAUUCUAUUCAUGGUUUCAAAAGUCUGUUAAACUCAUUUUAACACUUAGGAUAUGUGCUACAGAGUCUUCUCUGAUGAAUGUCCUUGCAAAAGAAACAUAA